GGUAAUGAACUCACUGCUGGUGUGGGUGGCACUCACCUUCACCACAACAGCGGGUCUAACGAGAGAUGAGAUUGCGGCGUUCACAACUAACGGUGCACAUGUGGAGAAGUACAGUGGUAGCAGCCCUGAAGUAUCAGUUGAGACUGACGCAGCCGGCGAAGUGCUACUGAUAAAGUUCAACGCUAUCCCUGAUCAUUACACCGGACAGUGGGACGGUCAAAACGAGGACUUUAAUCUGCUCCAGAGUCAAGAUCUGAAGAUAUUGAUCAGGAAGACACCAAAGAGGGCAAACACUGUUCUGUGGUGCUUACCUCUGGGGAUGAUCGGAGUCACUGUGAAAGGAGUCCCUAUUCAUAACCCCUACAUGCCAGUAAAAGGGUGUAAAAACGCCAAAACCAGUCUUUAUUUGGAUGCUUGCAGAGGAAGAACUGAUGAAAACGGAGUGUACCACUACUACGACUACAGUCCAUGUGUACAAUCCUUCAAAUGUAAUCAGCCGGGGCAGAUAUACGGGGUCGCCAUUGAUGGAUACCCCAUCUACGGUCCGUAUGACGAACAAGGUGUCUUGUUGACCAGCCGAAAUCUGGACGAGUGUGGGGGAAGGCUGGACAACUAUGGAAUGUAUAAAUACCAUAUUGUCAUGGACCAACCCAACUUUAUGUACUGCCUCAAGGGCCAGAUACACAAGAACCUAGCUCACGUUCUGAAUAUUGAUAGCUUUGUCUGCAAUUGUCCUUAUACAGACUCACACUUCAAAGCGCCCAAGCCUAUUUGUGAAGAAGAAGAACCAACUACUGUGCCACCAGUCAUGGAAGAUGAAGAAGAAGAGGAAAUCAGCUUUGAUCCUAUUCCAGGCAGGGACUGUUUGACACCCGAGAUGCUGGAGGAAAGGUACACGGACACCAAGUGGGGAGAUUACAACAUCAGCCGAGUAGAAAGGGUGUGCAACUUUAGUAACCCACAAAAUACCGUAAUCUGCCAAGUAAACGAGACGCUAUGGCAGAAUCGGCCCAGCUGGGUCUACAAAGAAGCUACUAUGUUAACAUUACCCUGCUGCCCAAAGGCUAACAGUAACACUGAUAGCGAAUCUGGCGAAUCCUGUCAGGAAACGUGUUUCGUCAAUAGAGACGUCUCAAAAGACAACAUCAACCCUAAAUGUCAAAGAAAAAAGAUUGAAAUAUUAUCGAGGGAUCGAGUUAUGGUACCCAACUCAUCACUCAAUCUUGGAGGUUGGUGGAAGUUCAGCGGAGUAAUUAUUCUAUCAAUACUUGGCACGCUGCCCCACCAUUGAGCCGAGAAAAACAUUCCAGGAACCAAGAAUGUUAGAAAUGAGUCAUUCUCUGAACCUUUGGGGAAGACAUCAAGGGCUCCUAGAGACACAGGGGGGCUCCUAGAGGCACAUUAGUAUUUUAAAGAGUUGCAGAGCGACCCUCAUCGGUAGAUCAGAGGGAGACAGAGCAUUUUUAAGGUUGAUUGAAUUUAUGAGCUGGUCAAUCCACAUAUUUUGAAUUGACGACCGUGUGAGCGGAUACAGUUUAGUGCUUUUUGAUUUAGAAACUUCCAUAUUAUUUUAUUCAGAGAUGAUUUUGUUGGAGAAAGAACAAUAAUGUUUACUGCUGCAUCAGGAUUAUGAUGAUUUUUAAAAUUUUUGUGACCCUAGAUUAUUUUCAAUUCCGUUUUAUAGUUUAGGUGUGUAACAAGUAUCUUAAUACCAAUUACAUGACAUCUUGCUAAGGUUAAGAAAGUGGCAAAAAUUGCAAAAGUGGCAAAAUAAGUGGCUUUAAGUCGGCAACCUAUUUUGUUGAGUAACGAAAAUUUUGCUGUUUGAUUGAGACCGUCUUUUAAUUUAUACGAUUGUUAUAGAUCGCUGUGUACAAAGUUAAUUAGUUGG